UGAGGUUGGCAAUAGCUAAAGGCCAAAACCCUAAUCUCCCAAAACCCUAAUAUCAAUCUGCACUCUGAUCCACAAUGGCAAGAGCCAUUUCCACUUCGUGCGCACGCUUCACGAUGCGCCUUCUCUCCACUCCCACCACGUUACCCAAACUCCCUUCGCUCUCAUCGCGUCGAUUUCUCUUUCCAUUGUCCCAUGCCGUCAUCCCUCCGCUCCCUUCAUCCGUUCGAUUCGCCGGAAUCCGGUGCCGAGUUAAUCGCGCCGGCGACUCGGCCUACUCGCCGCUGAACUCGGGGUCGUCGUUCAGCGACCGGCCUCCGACGGAGAUGGCCCCUCUCUUCCCCGGCUGCGACUACAAUCACUGGCUCAUCGUCAUGGACAAGCCCGGGGGCGAAGGCGCCUCCAAGCAGCAAAUGAUCGAUUGUUACAUUCAAACCCUCGCCAAAGUUGUUGGAAGUGAAGAGGAAGCUAAGAAGAAGAUUUACAAUGUUUCCUGCGAGAGGUACUUUGGAUUUGGGUGUGAGAUUGAUGAGGAGACGUCUAAUAAGCUCGAAGGGUUACCUGAUGUUCUUUUUGUUCUCCCUGAUUCGUAUGUUGAUCCUGAGAACAAGGACUAUGGCGGUGAGGAUUUAACGUUUUUGUUUGUUUUAUUCUUCAGUUUUUGUUUCACAAUUUUUAUUGUUGUUUUAAUUGCUAGUGGAGGCUAUAUUUUGGAACUAAUUUGGGUUUAUGGCUUGAGGCUACCUUCUCUGUUCAGUCUGUUGUAGUGAUUGGUGAUUUUUACCUGUAUGUUUCCAAUAUAAGAUUUGCGCUAAUUGAUCUGGUCACAUGUUUCUACUUACUGUUUUGUAUGCUGCAUAGAAAUGCUUUUUGGUGAAAAAUAUGGUAUUUUUUAAUCUUGUCAAUGAUGUGUAAUGUGUACUUCUAAAUCUGAUUAUCUGAUUAUUUGAUGCUUCGUAUCUAUUGUAUUUUGAUCAUUUUCAUCUUAUGUGCUAAAUGCAGACUAUGUGAUUGUCUGUUUGACAGACACAUUAUCAGUCCAAGCUGAAAAAAGCUAAAUUAACUUGCUUACUAGGUCUAGCUUACAAUAUAUGGACUUACAUUAAAUGUCUCUCUUGACUGUUCUGUGCUUUUUAUACUUAGUGAAGAUGCAGAUCAGUAGAGAUGAAACAUGCCUGUUAUCAGUUUUUUAUGGAGUUUUCAUUAUUCCUCUUUUUAACUUGCGGAGAUGAAUUGUUUCCGAUAUGAAUAAAAAUCAGUAGUCUGCAUCUACUACCUUCUUUUUAGGUUGCCCACGUCUAUGUGUGUGCUUGGUGGAAUUUUAUUCCAUUCCCCAUGAAAUGUUUGCAUCCUGUUUAAAACUUUAUUGAAAUAAUUUAGAGCUUUCUGAGCUGCAGACUUAGGAGAUUAAUGUUUAUUAUAGUUUGUGAGGGUUUCCUUCUUGUCCUGUUCUCCCUUUAUCAGCAGUCCAUCUUGGCAAAGCUAAAAACUCUUGAUGGGCAAUGACUAGCUUUGAAUGCUAAUGGACUCACAUAAAAACUCUUUCCAAUCCUGUUCUGUUGCUUCACAAAUUUAUGGAGUUUUAGAAUCAUUGGAGUUGAUACAUAAAAUCACCUGAUAUGCCUUCUCUCUUGAGGCUAAUUAUGCUAGUUUUCUUUGUCUUUUUACUAAAUUAAGUUUAGCUUUUAUUUCUUGAUUGUCUUGAUCUGUAGAAUGAGAAGAUCAUCAUUUGUAUUUGGAAUUUCUUGUCCAAAUAAAAUGAUUAUCAUAUUAUUCCGGUUCUAGUGACAAACUCAUGCAAGUUAACACUAAUGAUGUAGAAUGUGUUUAAUAGAAGUCCAUCUUGGCAAAGCUACUAACUCCUUGAGUAAUGUCUAGCUUUGAAUGCUAAUGGACUGACAUAGAAUUUCCCUCCUCCUGUUCUGUUAUUUCACUAAUCAUGGAGUUGCAGAAUCAUUGGAGCUGAUACAUAAAUUACUCAACAUUAUCUCUUCUCCAGGCCCAUAAUGCCUUCCCCCCCCCUACAAAUUAGGGUUUGAGUUGUGGUAAUCAAAUUUAGUUGUAUCUUGUUACUGCAAAUGCUAUGUAGCAGCAGUUUUUAGGCCUUUGUGUUUUAUAUUCAUGCAAUUAUUGAGCAUUUCUUAGUUCUCUUAUCUUUGUAUUACACUUUUACUUUUAUUUGCUAAUUGUUGGUGCGGCCUACUUGCAUUGGUAUGUACACAGCAAAGACUCCUGCCUUUUAUCUUGGCUGUUGGAUGAUCUAGUGAGAGAAAUCAAUUUUCAGGUUCUUAUAGGGUCCAGUCAUCUGAGCACAUAUCCAUUGCAUAUCAGCAGUUCCUUUUGGCAAUCUAGCUUUGAAUACUGAUGC